AUGCGCUCCACGCCGCUCCUCGCCUGCGACGCGCUCGCGGCCAUCAACUGGGCGGCGCCAAAGGCUACCGGCCUGAGCAUCGAGGAGAUGGCCCGGAGGGUCGAUGCCGGCCUCCGCCGCGAGUGCUGGUUCGUCACCGGCCGGUCGCUGCCUGAGCUCUUCUCGUCCGCCUUCACGUUCUCCGACCCGCAGCAAGGGUCCGCCGUGGGCGAGAUUGUCUGCACGGCUGCCACCGCUCCGGACACCAUCACCGUCAUCUGGCGCAACUUUGGCACCGUGAACCUUGGGCCAGGGUUCGACCUGGCGCCCUACCUGGUCACCACCACCCUCAAGACCUCGGCGAGCGACGGCGGCCUGAUCGUCCGGCAGGAGGACGCCUUCGAGGCGCCAGACAAGGUGGAGCUGCUCAAGUACAACCUGUUCAAGGCGAGGCGACCCGCCGUGCCGGACAUCGGCGCCGUCGCUUGCCCGCUGCCCAGGGCAGCGUGA